AACAUGGGAGUCGACGCGCCGCUUUUCAUUUUUGCCCUCCUCGAUGGGGCUGCCCUCCUCUUUGUGGUGGUGUAUUUUAUUAUAACGCUGUCUGAUCUGGAGUGUGAUUAUAUUAAUGCAACCUCCUGCUGUGACAAACUUAAUAAGUGGAUUUUUCCAGAACUUCUGGCAAAUUGUGCAGUCACAUUUCUUUUGCUGGUCACAGGCCAUUGGCUGAUAUUUCUUCUCAACUCACCACAAACAGCUUGGGUUGUCUACAAAUUUUUCACAAAACCAUCUGGUAAUAUAGGAGUGUUUGAUCCAACGGAAAUUCACAACCGCAACACCUUGAAAAAUCACAUGAAGGAAUGUAUGGCCAAACUGGGCUUCCAUCUUAUUUUCUUUUUUAUAUAUCUUUACUGCAUGAUAAUAGCUCUGAUAAAAGGAGAAGUGGGUUGAAUGGUGGAAGAUUUCAUGCGAAGAAGGAAGAGUAACAGUGCAUUCAGCCAGAUCCUGACAGAAGGCAUUGUGAUUAUUACAGCGGCAUUAUUGACUAAUCAGACUGUAGGUAACACAAGGGAAGAACAUGUUCAGAAGGUUGCAGUUAAACACAUAUGUAGUCAUUGGUAGUUUGCAGUCUCAGGUAGAAGGCCGGUCAUAGAAUGUGGGAUUAAGGAACAGGAUUGGCCGUUCCUGGGUAUUGCAGAGAAAUUUUGAAAUAAUGAAUGGAUGUAAUGAAAGUAUUCAGUGCAGUGAAGUGGUAGGUGACUUUAUUGUAUGCAGCUUAAAUACCAAUGGCUAUUACACACAGUGUGAGUAGUGAUUUGGAAUUAUCUGCCAUCCUGUAAUAGACAUAUUACUCACCUUUCCUUCAAGUUUCUAACAUGUCAGCUUUUUUUUAACUGUGAAUAGUAAAAAAAAAAAAUUCUGACGCUUGCAAUACAUACAGAUAUGAUUUAUUUAUUUGAUUGGAUUUUUAUGCAGUACUCAAGAAUAUUUCGUAAUAGCAUACAAAUAUGACGGGACUGUCUUUGGGGAUAAUACAACAGUGUAGGUGUAUCUCCUAUUAUGUACUGAGUCUGUAGAAGGUGCAGCUGAUUGUAUAGAGCAUUGUGUAAACUGUAAGCUGACAAACAUGACUAAGUGUUCCCAAUUUAUUGACUGAGAUUAAUAGUUUAUUAACAGUGUGAAUGUGUUCACACACUUUGCAUCAAAUUAAUGACAUAUAUUUUUUCAUCUGUCCAAUGACAUUUUGUACUACAUGUAAGUAUAUUUUUAGUGUUCAUGUAUUAGAUAGUCCGUCCUUUCCUGUUCCAUAUGUACCAAAGUAUGAAAGACAAAUCCACCUGUUGGUCUAAUCUCGGUGGAAACGUGUUGAUAAAAAGAGGACAUUUCAGCUCUCACACUAAAGAUGUGUGAAAUAUGGGCUGGCUCUACUCUUGGUAAGGUUGAGUAACUUGAAUGUUGUCCAUUUCCCCUUUCUUUUAAUACUUCAAAUGAAGUUGUUUGAAAAUCUGUUUCAAUUUUCAUUAUCUGUGCUCUUUGAAAUUUUUAUAUAAAUUUUUAUUAAUCGUACCUUUCCCAUGUAAUGUAGAAUUUUUGAAUUUUCUGGUUAACAAUGUUGGGCUGUCUCAGAGAGAUUCAAAGCAGUGUGUCUCAAGCCAGUUUAUUUUCAAGGAUGCUCUGGCUCUAGGUUAGUGCUCUACACCAGCUCACAGCCACAGUGCUAUAACAGAAUAAAUCAAAAUGUUACAAAUUUUUUUUUUGUCCUCACGAAAACCCAGUGUCGGACUUAUAACGGUUGAUUCGGCAGGCACUGUAUAAUGUGUGAUAUGUAUUUGGCAUUUCUCAUCUACUACGUUCUAGCGACCAUAAGACGUUAAACUCAAAUCAUUCAUGUUCUCAUUCAAACGUUAAGUUAUUGUCGAGAGUGGAUGUUAGCUCCCAAGGCAUUAUUAAUUGGUUCAUUUACCUGCACACUGAUUUGAGUCAGAUCUACGUGUCUUUUUGAACGAAGCCAUAAAGAAUGUGAACUGUAAAGCAAUGGUUUAUAAAAAUGAGAGCAAACGUAACCCACAUACUGGUGUAUUUUUGUCUGUAGCUUUUGAUUUUUCUGUGCUUAAUUUGGUCGUAAAUAAAGAAGAGGAAAUAUAAAUUCCUACAGGGCAGCAGUCGAUACAGCCAGUGAAAAUAAUAAUCUAAGUUUGCUUGGCACAUCGAAUGGUUUGUGCAUUACAUUAUGUACAUAUGAAGGUGGUAUCUCCAACCUAUCUCUGAACAGUUCAACACGCACUGUAACAAUUGUAACAAAGACAUUUCUAGUUUGUCAUGUUUUCCAAUAAAUUUUUUUU